AUGCGAAUCAAUUUUAUUGCCCUGCUGAGCAUUGUAUCAUGGAUAUCUGCCCAAGAAACGCCACAAGCAACCAACGCUGUAGAGCCUGACCAGUCUGGUGAAAACGCAGAGCAGUGCACACCAUAUUCGGCACCUAUAGUCCAAGAUAACCUCGGGCAAUUUCCACCAUUAUGGGAAACAGCUAAAAUUGUUCAGGGCGACACCACGGCUCAGAAUAAGUAUGACGAGAUCAAGCAAGUCAUUCCGUCGAGCAUCAAACCAAAGGGCACGCACGACGGCAAUAUCUCUGACGUAUCCUACGAUGCAUCCGAUCCCGACUGCUGGUUCACGAGCUCAAAAUGUACACAUCCAAAGGUUGAUGGUCUUUCAGACGAUUUGGCUACCCUACCAGAGCCUAAUACAUGGGGUUUAGGCUUUGAUGACGGUCCUAACUGCAGCCACAAUGAAUUCUACAAUUUCCUCAGCGACAACGACCUCACUGCGACAAUGUUCUACAUAGGCUCAAACGUGAUGAACUGGCCACAUGAAGCGCAACGGGGCAGAGAAGACGGACACGAGUUGUGUGUUCAUACGUGGUCGCAUCACUACAUGACUUCGUUCGAUGACGAGGGUGCAUUUGCUGAACUCUACUACUCAAUUCAGGCCAUCAAACUAGUCACUGGCGUCACACCAACCUGCUGGAGACCGCCAUUCGGCGACAUCGACGACCGCAUCCGCAUCAUCGCUGAGGGUCUUGGUCUCAGAACCGUUCUAUGGGAAUUAGACACCAAUGACUGGAAAAUGAUCAAUGGUAAGACUAAGGAUGAUGUCAGAAAAAAUUAUCAAGAUGUUUUUGAUGCGGCCGAGAGGGGCAUCUUUGAAGACCAUGGUACUAUUGUGCUGACGCAUGAAAUCACUGCUGAGACUAUGGAAAUGUUCAUUGAAAUGUAUCCCAAUAUCAGAGACAACUUUGACUAUGUUGUUCCACUAUCUGUCGCCACCAACAGAACUAACCUUUACGUGGAGGAAGAAACGGAGAGAGGUGAAGUGUUUGCUGACUAUGUUAACGAUCAUUACGGUUCGACGGUAAAUCAAGCGACAAGCAUCAACACCAACAUACAUCCAAACCCGACUCUGACGGGAUGGCAGGGUCCUUUGGCAACUAUUGCUAACCCUACGGUUGCUGAAGUGGAAGCUGCUACCGAGCCUACGACUGCCAGUUCAAGCAGUUCAAGCAGUGCAGGCAGUAGCAGUGUGAGUAAUGAUAGCGGCAAUGAUGAUGAGGAGGAUGUUGAGGAUGAUAAGACUGAACAUAAAAGCGACGACAACAUUCCUAGUCAAAAAUCAAAUCCAUUUGUGUACAACUAUCCACAAAACACGCACUCGAACAAUGGUGCUAGCUCGGGAGGCCACACUUCGAUUACUAAACCGGUCUUCACGAUGGUGGCACUGUUCGUUGUCACCAUGUCAUGCAUUAGAUAA